AUGAACUUACUAUGGAUAUGGUUGGUUUCCAUAGUGGUGGGGUUUAACUCAUCUUUCACUCCUGACCAUCUCCGGUAUUUGAAAGAUGAAACCAAACUUCUUUUUGAUCAUGCCUGGAACUCGUAUAUGGAAUUUGGAUUCCCCUUUGAUGAGGUGACACCUAUGAGUUGUCAACCUUAUGGUCCUGAUUUUAAAGAUAAGAACAAUAUUGUAAGGAAUGACGUUAUGGGUAAUGUUUCAUCUACUUUAUUAGAUAAUCUUGAUAGUUUAAUAAUCAUGGAAAAGUGGCAAGAUUUGGAGAGAUCUUUAGAUUACUUGAAAGGUGAAAAGUCAACUUUCUUCAAUAAGAACGUGAUUAUUCAAGUGUUUGAAAUGACAAUUAGAUCAUUGGGAGGCUUGUUAUCAACUCAUACCAUUUUAAGUGAUUCUAGUAUCAUCAAAAAUGAAGAAUUUCAAAGGAUUUCUGAAAAUUAUGAUGGGUUUCUUUUAGAAAUGGCAAAUGAUUUAGGUCUUCGUUUGUUACCAGCAUUCAAAACUUCCACUGGUAUUCCCGUUCCACGUAUUAACCUUUCUAAAGGAGUGAAGAGUGUACCUUAUAAGUUACAAAUGGAAACCUGUACUUCAGGGGUCACCACCCCAGUUUUAGAAUUUACUUUAUUAUCGAGGUUAACAGGGAAUCCUGACUUUGAGUAUUAUACCAAGAAAACAUUCGAAAAAGUAUGGGCAGCUAGACUGGAUUUAGAUUUAUUACCUAUGACUUUGUCACCUAUUGAUGGCGAAUGGAAAGACGCCAUAUCAGGCAUUGGUGCUUCGAUUGAUUCAUUUUAUGAAUACGCAUUGAAGCUGUCGAUAGUAUUCAACGAUAAUCAUAUGUGGAACAUAUUCAAGAAAUCGUAUAAAGCAUUGAUGACACACCUGGUUAAAGGGUCAAUUGAAGAUAUGAAUUAUAUGAUGUUUGCCAAUGUUGGAGUCAAUGAUGGAUUGGAUGCUACAGUGUGGAUCGAUCUGUUGAGUGCAUUUUGGACUGGAGUCCAAGUUUUAUCAGGAAGACUUAAAGAUGCUAUUGGAUCUCAUAUGACGUUUAUGAAAUUAUGGGAUCAUUUUGAUCUGAUUCCAGAAAGAUGGAAUUGUUUAAUACCGAAAGAUAAGCUUGGUUCUAAUGAGUUGAUAGGUUUAGAAUGGUACCCUUUGAGACCAGAAUUCAUAGAAUCAACUUAUUAUUUAUACAGAGCAACCAGGGACCCCAUGUAUUUGAAUAUCGGUGAGAGGAUACUCAACUUAUUCAAGACAAGAUUUAAAAGUGAAUGUGGGUUCAAAGGAAUUCAAAAUAUCCGAACAGGAGAAUUUCAAGAUAGAAUGGAAUCCUUUGUUCUAAGCGAGACUUUGAAGUACCUUUACCUCUUGUUUGAUGAACAAGAAGAAGUUUUCUUACAUUCCAAAGAUAUGACAAGAAAAAACUGGAUUUUUUCAACUGAAGGACAUCCUUUAUGGUAUGAUUAUUCAAACUCAACCCAAUAUAUAGAACCUGAUGUGCACAGUCAUUUCGAACAAGAAUUAGAAAAAUGUGAAUUAAAUCCUUUCACCAGGGGGCCCAAAGAUUUUCUUAAAUCUAAUUAUUAUGAUAUGAACUUAUUUAAAUUUGAUUAUGAUUAUCAAGAUUAUUUGAAACGUCCACAAUAUCUUGAAAAUGAUGGAUACAUGGAAUUGAACAACGAUUUCUUCAACAAGUUUACAUUAUUCGAUACUGAAUUGAUGUCUCCGGUAUCUUCAACUACUAGUAAAUUUGAAUUGUUCUUGGGUAAUUCUAGUGGGAUCUCAAAUUCCACGAUAAUUAAAGAAGGCUCAUUCUAUUACAUUGAAGAUUUCAGGGAUUUAAGGUUGUCCCUUGAAUUCUUAGGCGAAGGGAAGGUUGACACAUCUUAUAACCUAGUCACUAAAGAAAUGAUACGUCAAAUAAACAAACCUAUCAGUCAAGAGAUGAUCGUUCAUGAUAUUGUUGGCAGAGUUUUGAAAGUCAACGGUGUAUUCAUCAAACCAAAUGAAAGGAUAUUCAUCAAUAGAUUUGAAUUAGGAAAGAACAAUUUAGGCAUCCUAAAUAGUAAGUUAUUAAUCAAUGGGUUUUUAAUAGAGAAUAUAGAUAUUAUAUAG